AUGUAUUGGCCCAGUGAGAGCAGGCGAAAGGGUCGGCUUACUCCCACAUAUAUGGCACCGAAGGAGGUCUGGCGACUACUCUACCUCACCCGACCCCUCAAUCCAAACACAAUGCCUGCCACGGGCGAAGUAAAACUCGGCCAUCUAGACAUCGCGUGGCGCACCACCAUGGGUGAAGCGGGCCAUCUCCUAACCUUCCCCUGCGAGUCCAAUACACCGCAUUACUCCGAUGUCUCCAUGAGUGUCAUCAAACUUCCAACACAGGUCGUCGUCGAAGAGCCCUUCCAAAUGGUCUGCGAAGUCACAAAUAGAAGUUCGCGCGCACUGGAACUCCUGCUCUCUCGACCAGAGACAGCCACAACACCGUCUACGGCUAUAACGACAACAACGGCGACAAUCAAUGGUUCUGAGACGGCUUCCACUACCACUACAGCUGCUGCUACCGCAGCAGCCUUCCCAGCCUUCAUUUGGACAGGAGUAACUCACCAACGUCUAGAGAAUCUGGCGCCUGCAGCCUCGACCCGACUGAGCUUCGAAUUCGUUCCUGUCAUGACUGGACUGCAGGUGCGUCCACUCUUCUAA